AUGCUAAGUCCAAAACGUACAAAAUGGCGUAAACCACACCGUGGAAACCGUAAAGGAAAAGCACUUCGUGGAAAUACAAUUGCUUUUGGAGAUUACGCUUUACAAGCGCUUGAACCUGGGUGGAUUACUUCACGCCAAAUUGAAGCUGGCCGACGUGCUAUGAGUCGUUAUGCGAAAAAAGGUGGGCAACUUUGGAUUCGCAUGUUCCCAGAUAAGUCAAUUACUGCCCGCCCGGCGGAAACACGCAUGGGUGCUGGUAAAGGUAUUCCUGACUAUUGGGUAGUUGUUGUGAAACCUGGAAAGAUUCUUUACGAACUUCGAGGUGUAACAGAAGAAACAGCACGCCAAACAAUGCGUAUCGCUUCGUAUAAAAUGCCAGUAAAAACAAAAUUCCUUAUUCGUGAAGGGUUUACCCCUUCAGUAUAA